AUGGUGGCCAAGGAAGUCAACAGUAUCAAGGGGCUGGGGCCUGGGGGCAAGAAGCCUGUCACCUACUACUGUUUGAGUGAGGUGGCAAAACGCAACUCCAUGAAGGAGAUAUGGCUGGUGAUCCACAGGCAUGUCUACCAUAUCACCUGCUUCCUCAGUAAGCAUCCUGAUGGAGAAAAGGUGUUGCUGGAACAGGCUGGAGCAGACGCAAGGGAGAGCUUUGAAGACGUUGGCCACUCCUCUGACACCAGGGAGAUGCUAAAGCAGUACUGUAUUGUUGAUGUGCAUCCAAGUGACCUUAAGCCUGAGAGUGGUAAGAAGGAACCUUCAAAACGUGAUGCGUGCCAAAGUUGCUGGUCCUUUUAGAUCUUCCCCAUCAUAGGCGCUGUUCUCUUAGGCGUCCUGCACUGUUACUUCACGUCAGAAAACCAAUCUUCCUGAGGAGGCCUUGUCAGAGUCUGGAAAGCAA